CAGCGCCGCUGCCGUGGCCGAGGCCACGCCGGGGAGGCCUGCGGCCCAGCCCAGCGUGCGCCGCCUGGGCGAGGUGCUCGCGCCCCGCGGCUCCGCGACCUCCCCGUGGCUGAAGCCCCGGACCUACCGGGCCUGCGAGCUCGGCAACGGGCUGCGGGCGCUGCUGGUGGAGGACCUGAGCGCCGAGCGCUUCGAGGUGGCAUUCACGGCCGCCGUGGGCCAGUUCGACGACCCAGAGGGCAGCUCUGGCCUGGCCCACCUCACCGAGCACCUGCUGCUGUCCGGCCCGGGACCGAACGAGACGAGCCCGCUGGGCCCGUGGAUCGAGGAGCGGGAGGGCGACGUCAACGGCUACACUGGCUUCGACUCCUCCUCCUACUUCGUCACCCUGCCCGCCGCGGAGUGGAGCGAGGGCCUGGCGCGCUUCGGCUACGCGCUGAGCCCGGGCGUCGGGGACGUCGUGGCGGCCGAGCGCUUCUUCCCCGAGGCCGUCGAGCGGGAGGUGGAGCGCGUGGACGAGGAGAUCCGGGGCGGAGCGCAGUCUGCGGGGGUGCGCUACCUGCAGCUGCUCCGGCGCCAAGCAGCGCCCGGGCACCCCAUGCGCGAGUUCGGGCCGGGCUCCGUGAAGACGCUGCUGCCCGCGGCGAAGGACGGGGCCUUCGCCUGGGACGUGAUCGAGGGGCGGAUGAGGACGCUGGGCGCCCGCGCCGCGAAGCUCUUCCGCGAGGGCUUCACGAGCGGUGGCGCCACGCUCGCGGUCGUGGGCCCCGUGCCGCUCAACGCCAUCGAGGUGGCGGCCGCCGCGGCGUUCGGCAACUUCCCCUCGAGCGGGGGCAGCGCGGAGAGGGAGCUCCGCCGCAGCUCUGGGCUGGCGGACCCGCUGCCGGCCCUGCCGGGCGGGAGGCCGCCCCCGGUCUUCCUGCUGGAGGGGCAGCCGACGCUCUCCCUGACCUGGAGCGUCCCCUUCCAGGGCGAAGGCUCGCUGGACGCCGCCGCCUUCCGGGCCGCCAAGCCCGACGUCCUGCUGUCGCACGUCGUGGCCUACCAGGGCGACGGCUCGCUGACCGACUGGCUGGAGAGCAAGGGCUGGGUGCCGGACUUUGCAGGCCCGAAGGUCUCGGCGCGCACCCCGCUCGCCACCGAGGCCGGCUUCGCGCUCUGGGAGGUCAAGAUCAAGCUGUCCAGGGCGGGCGCGGCUCGCUGGAGGGAGGUCGCGGCGGCCGUCUUCGCAGUGCUGGCCGCCCUCCGGCGGAGGUGGACCUCCGGGCCGGACCGGCGGGACUUCCUCCGCGACGCCGCGGAGGAGGUGUCGCUCCUAGCCCAGGUCAGCUGGAGGUACCCCGACAGGCCGCCCACCGCGCUCGAGCUCGCCAACGACAUGCGCACGGCGCCUGCGCCCGAGGCCUUCGUCGCGGCCAGGCGGCUCUUCCUGCGGCCGGGCGCCUGGGAGGCCGCCCUGGCCCCCUCGGGCGAGCUGGCUGGCGCCGUGGCCGACGAGGCCGCGCGGCUGCUGGGACUGCUGGGCGCCGAGCGCGCGCGGUGCGUCGUGUCGGGCGCGCCGCCGGAGGGCGCCGCGGUGCCCAGCGAGGACCCCUUCCUCGGCGUCCGCUACGCGGAGCUCGCGCCAGAGGAGGCGCUCUGGGGCGACUGGGCGCGCAGCAGCAGGACGCCAGCACCGUGGUGGCUCCCGCCGCCGCCGAACCCGUACCUGACGAGGGGCGAGCCACCGCCGCAGGCGCCCGAGCUGCCGCCCGAGCUCGCGGCGGCGCUGGAGACGCCCUUCUCGGAGGCCGACCCCGGCGGUGCCAUGCCCGCCGUCAUGUGGCUGCCCCCCUGCAGGCCGCGGCUGAUCUCGCGCGAGGCACCCGGCGGCUCCGCCCCCGCGCCCGCGGUGCUCUGGUACGUCCAGGGCUGCCUUUAUAGUUCGGGUCAGUUCGCUGAGGUCGUGCAGCCUCUGGGGGACCUGCCCCUCCUCACGCUGACCCUCUGGCUGCCCGCCGCGCGCGUUGACAUGGCCGGGAGCAACAGCCGCGCCGCAGGCCGCAUGUGGCUGCUCUCGCUGCAGCGCGCCCUGGAGGGGCCACUGUACGGCGCUGCCUUAGCUGGCUGCCGCUGGGAGGUCGCAUUUUUCGACACGGGCACCAGCAGCAGCGAGCCGCAAGGCCCUGGCGGCUGCCCUUCCGCCGGGGUGAGGCUGGCGUUCCAGGGCUUCAGCGGCGUUCUGCCCCGCUUCGCCGCAGACGUGGCCCGCCGGAUCGCCUCCCACACGGGCCCGUCCGGCGACGCGGAGCUGGAGGUGGUGCGCCGCCUCGCCCUCGAGGAGCUCAGGCGCGGGGUCCCGGCGAAGCUGGGCAAUGCCGCGGCGGUGACAGCGGUGCAGCGCGCCAGCCUGCGGUCGAUCCGCGACGAGGCGGCGGCGCUGUGGCACAGCGCGGGCGCAGCAGCGCCCCUCCACUCGCAGGCGCUCGUCGCCGGGCGCGUGGGCAGCGAGGCGGCGGCUGCCUCUCUGGCUGGCGCGGCGCUGGCGGCGCUGCAGCUCCCGGGCUCCGGCGCCCCCGCGGAGGGAGAGGCCACGCAGCCCGGGCGCGGCCCCGCGCGCGUCCUGAUGAGGCGGCCGACUUGGGAGGGCCCGGUGGGGAGGAGCCUCUGCCUGGCCUCGGGGGUGCCGUCGAUGCUGGGCGUGUGCGGCCGCACCAGCUGAGGCCCGCAUAGGGCCGCCGCAGGCCGCCGGAGGCGACCUCCCCCCGCGCCGGACGCAGGCGGGGGCCUUCGCCUUUCGCCAGCGGCUGCAAUGGUUAAGUCGGGCAUGCCCCUCUACAGGAGGAACAUUCAAAGAUUCUUCGACUAGAAGGGCUUCGCCGCCGGCUCCUUUCAAUCAGAAUGGGGGCAUGCCAGAGCUAUGUUAUCUUUUCUCGGCGCCGUCGUGAAACAAUGUUGGAACCUAGGGCAAUUGGUAAGUGCCAUCUCAUAGUUACGAGGUUGUAUAGCAUUGGG